GCUCACUGAACGAUAAGGCCUGCCUUCUUCCUCGAUCAGCUUUUUGUGGAGAGCGGGCAAAAGCGUUGCGAACCCAUUUAUAGACUCGCGAGCUUGCUGUUGCAGUUGUUUUCUUCAGUCCUAAGAGGGAGUCAUGGAUAAUGCAAAGUACACUUCUCAAGAACAGGAUCAGGCCAAGAAGCUGAGGCUGAAGUUGGAAGGAUGGCGGGAAGUGGUGCUUCCCCUGCACUCUGUCCUGCUCUGGAGUCAGCCAUACUACCCGGGUUGCAUCUUUGGUGCUAUCACCACAGUCUUCCUCUUGCUGUGGUACCUGGAGCCGUCCCUGCUGACCACCUUCUCACUGAUUGGCAUGCUGGUGUGCCUGCUCGACUAUCUCGUCCCACUGCUGCUGGCUCAACUUUGCAGUCCUGACAAAUGGACCAGCCAGCAUGAACGGCAGCUGCACGACAUAUGCCUCGAAGCGGUACAUGCGUGGCAGUCGGUGGUCAGCGCAUGCGCGUCCCUGAAGAAGGCCAAACAGGACAAACCCAAGGCGUAUGUGGUGGCGGUGCUGAUCUCUCUCCUUGUGAUGGCUUGGAUUGGGAAUGCUUUUGACAACCUCUUCCUCACUUACCUCAUCGUGCUGUUCCUUGCGAUGACUCCUGGCAUGAAGCACCAGGGCAUUUUCAAGAAGUACUUCUCGGCGACCGUCCUCACCAUCAGGAAUCUCAUCGCCGACAAGAUGAAGAAAAACUAAUCCUGCACAACCACUCUGCAGCUGAAAGCUUUAAGCACAAGUGACAAAAAAAUGAAAGGAACUGCUUGCUGGCCUGCCAAUGUAAAGAGUAAAAUAUGCCACCAAUGUAAAGAAUUGGCUGACUGUGCAGCCUCGCUCUGCCUCAAUCUUGAAAGCUUCAGCUGCUGUGCUGGAAAACCGCCUUGCGCUGCCAUACGGUCGUCGUGCCCGCAAUGCACGCACUGUAUUCAGUGAAAGUGAGAGCGUGCAGAAGUACCACAUACUGCCUUUGUUGGCUCACCAAGCAGGCAGGACGUGUGCUGCUCGCGCUGCUUGUUUUAUGUUCUUAAAUGUUGCGGCCGUUCAUGACAUUUCACCGUGCUGUGUUGUAGAAUUCGGCACCCUAGAUUUUGGAUUUUAUCAUCAGUAUUUGGGUUUGUAGACAGUGAAUUGGGCAUGUUCACUUUAACAAGUUGGAAAAGAUUGCGUGACCCAUGCUUAACAAGCAGCAGCCACUGCCCAAUCGUGAAACUGCAUUUACACGCGUGUAUUGAAGGCACUUAAACAAGGCUUGGUUGUUGCUUGAACGCGUGCAUGUUUCACAUGACUAAAGAAAAUAUUUGGAGACCUUGGAUUCUUGGUCAGGCAGCUUAUUCAUUUUAUGUUUGUCCUUCUGUGAAUCUGUGUGCUGCAAAGCAGGAACAGGUUUUGAAGAUGAGCUUUGUGACACUAUUUCAGAACACUUGAAUCUACCAAGCGUGUCACGUUACGCGCAUUGGCAGUUUAAUGCUUGAUUUUGCAUUAAUAGAGCAUGUCCGUUCUAAACGCGCAUGCCAUUUUGGUUAUGUCAGACAUUUCUGCGGACUGCAGAAGCUGCUUAGGACAGGAAGAGAUUGGGCAAACCUUGCAAAUGUAAUAUGUGACCAGAGACAUACCUGGUUAACCAGCUUGUUAAUGUAAGACUAUCAUGCACUUGGCAAUGCAAGCCACAUGUUUGUCAAGCAACUCCUUCUGAAUACUGUCACCCAGCUGUGGCAACUUGUUGGUCUGAAUGUGCCCUUUGUGUUUGUUUUCUAGUUUGUCAAUGGUGCCAUCCUUUUGAGAUCAACUUCUAUAGGUAGGAUUGCAUUUUUUAGUUAAGGUAUCCAUUACUGUGAAAAGGUGGGGCACCUCAAUCGGGUAUUUUUUUUAGGUGCAUCUUAUGGUAAAAUUGACGAGGGAAAAAAAAAGCUUUUCUUUGUUGUUGUUGUUUUUCAGUUCGAAGCCUAGUCAGCACUUCUUCCUUUUCUCUGGCAAAUGUACAGUGAACGCCAGUAAGAUACGUUUUAUUACUCAAGCGAAAUGUGGAUCAAAAGCCCAAUAAAAUCAAAGACCAGAUUUUGUUGUAGAGCAAGUUAAUUCUUCUGCACUGCUUGAAGCCUUUGGCACUUUUCACUGUAUUCUCCCUCCAACUCGGAAAGUUCCUGUACUUGUUUUCAGGGUAUGAAAAUGUAGUAAGCUUAUAUCAAAGCAAACAAUGAACAAUAUUCUUAAUUUUUCUGUACACCGGUAACUUAUUGUCGCUGUCGGAAAACAAAAGGAUUUCUAGUGUUGGCGUACGCAAGAACCAUGCCUCUUUUUCAUGUGGCAUUGCUGAAGGCUCUAUGAACACUUUCCCCACUUUCCAAAUUCUGGCACGUACAACUUUAGUCCGAUAUUUUUGGUUGAAUGGUACGCUUUCAACACUGAUACGAUGCUGUGGAUCUUGCUGCAACUUCACUGUUGAUAUACGAGGGAAUGGUCUUUUUUUUCUGUGCUACUUAUUAGGAUACGACAUCCCUUUAUCUAGAUGCACUUUUUUUUGAGGUAUGUUUCUUUAUCAUAAAUCAUUUUUUGUCGCACCGUGAAUGGUAGAGCAGUGCAGGUUACACAAGUGAAAUUGUGAAAUCCGAUUUCAGUGUGUUGAUCGUGCUUUCACUGUCCUGACUUCUAAGUGGCUUGUAAAGAUUGACUGGUCCUCUCCACCUUCCCGCCAGGUUACCUUUGCACCCGCAGAGGAAAGAUAAGAUAAGAUAGCCUUGACACUCCCAUCAGUGUUGUGAGGAGGGGGUUGCAUGUUAUGGGCUCUUCGGUAACUGCCAAAGCUGUUGUGGCGUCGCUAACCGGCUUUCCUAUAGCCGUGCACCUUGAAUAUCGCAAGGCAAGGAACUUGCUUGUGAAGUAAAGGCUGCCUUCUUAACAUAAGUGAUAGCAUGUGUGAAUGACGUAGCUUCACGUCUACAUAGUUGUGGAGGUCAUGUACGAGUAGUUAGCAAAAGCCACCUCUCGCAGCACAGUUGCAGCUAACGUACUUUUGAAUGUGCCCAUUGUCACAGCUUACUACUGUUGUGAAAAUUUCUUUUGUCUUCCUCGUGCUCAUUUUGUUUCUCCAUUGACAUUUUUGAUGUAAGGAUUGUUUCUUCUGAUGCAUAUCGUGGUAUUUUGGCGUAAAAUCUUACGUAAUGUAGUCCACGCAUAUUUGUGGAUCUCUUGAUUGAGAUUUUAUAGUCAGCACAGUCUUUUUUUUUUUUCCCUAACUUCAGUUAGCACAAAUCCUUAAGGUUUUUAGUGAGAUUGUGCAAACUUUUUGUGUGCGUGUGUGAAUGAAUAGUACAAAUAUGUUGUGUUGUACAUCUUUUAUGUGUGCUGACGCUGACAGUUGCGUGCAGUAUGUACCGAUCAACUGUAGGGUGUGAAAAAAAAAAAGUGUCACUUUUGCCAGACAAUAAAAAUGUAAACUGUA